AUGGAGAAGGAGGCGCGGCCAAGCAAGAAGGCUCGUAGUUCCGUCGACUCCUCCGGCCUGACGGCGCUGGCCCUCCGCCUCGCCAAUACGUUCUCCGAGGGGAAGAAUAUUAUUUUCUCUCCGUUCUCCAUCUUCACGGCGCUGGGCCUAGUGGCGGCUGGCGCUCGGGGCAGAACCCUUGAGGAGCUCCUCGACGUGCUUGGCGCAUCGUCGCGCGAGGAGGUGGCGGAGAUCGUGCGCGGCCUGGCGGAGAGCGCCCUCGCCACCGGCGGAUCCGGGCCGCUGACCAUCACGUUCGCGUGCAGCGUGUGGCAUCAGGAAGGAUUUGCACUGAAGACGGCCUACCGUGACGCCGCCGUCGAGUCCUACAAGGCGGAGGCACGAGCCGUCGACUUCCACGGAGAUCCGGAGGGUUCAAGGAAGGUAAUCAACAAUUGGGUUGCAGAUGCCACGAACAAGCUCAUCACGUCCGUUCUCCCUCCAGGGUCGGUGCACCCAUACAUCAUGCUCGUGCUGGCCAACGCCAUGUAUUUCAAGGGGAAGUGGGAGGAUCGCUUCCACCGGAGCCUCACAAAGGACGCCGACUUCUACCCUCUGGACGGCAGCCCCGUCAGGGUGCCUUUCAUGACCGCCGGGAGGCUUCCCACUUCCGACACGGAGGACGAGUUCUGUCUAGAAGAAGAGGAGGAGGUCAAGUACUUCAUUGCCUGCCAUGACGGCUUCCAGGUGCUCAAGCUCCCUUACCAGGCGGUGAACGGCGGGAGGUACUCGAUGUGUGUCUUCCUCCCCGACGCACACGAUGGUCUGCCUAGCCUGGCCAGCGAGAUGGCAUCCAGCGGCGCCGCGUUUCUGUUCGACCACUUGCCCACGACGCGAAGCAGCGUGAGAAAUCUCCUGCUACCCAGGUUUAAGCUGUCAUUCUCCUGCAGCAUGAAAAAUACCCUCGAGAGCUUUGGGCUCCGGGCAGCAUUCUCCAUGGAGGCCGAUUUGUCUUACAUGGCGGCGGACGACUCUGGCCGGGACAUGAAGCUGCGGGUGGAGGACGUGUUCCACACGGCGGUCGUCGAGGUGAACGAGGAAGGUACCGAGGCGGCCGCUUCCAUUGCCGCCACCAGCGUCCGGUACUGCGCCGCCAGAAUGCCUUUGGAUUUCAUUGCUGACCACCCGUUUGCGUUCUUCAUUGUGGAGGAGCUGUCCGGCGCGGUGCUCUUCGCAGGCCACGUCCUUGAUCCGUCUAAGAACUCGGAGUAG